GCACAGGUGGGACUCCUCUCUCCUCUCCUCGCCGCUCCUGCCGCGAUGCCGCCGCCGUGUCCCCGCGGGGCCCUGCCCGGGGCCUCCCUCCUCCUCCUCCUCUUCCUCCUCUUGCCGCUGCUCUGCGCGGCCCCCGAUGUUUCAAGGGUAAAUAAGCUUAAACUGAUGCUCCAGAAACGAGAAGCCUCUGCUGCUGCGGCGAAGCCUGAGGUGUCAGUGAAAGAAACGGCAGCCAAGGAGUUCCUGAGCAGCCUGAGACGCCAGCGGCGCCAGCUGUGGGACAGGAGCCAGCCCGAUGUGCAGCAGUGGUACCAGCAGUUCCUGUACCUGGGCUUCGAUGAGCAGAAAUUUGAAGAUGACAUCUCCUACUGGACAAACCUGGGGCGUGCUCGUAAUGAAUACUACGGGGGGUACUACCAGCACCACUACGAUGAGGAUUCUCCAAUUGGCCCACGAAACCCACACACCUUCAGGCACGGGGCAGGCGUCAACUACGACGAUUACUAAUGCCAUUUAUCCUGCUGUUCCUGGGCCUGUAGGGCUGCACUGGGUGAGGCUGAGCCCUCCCUCAGUCAGAACGACUCUCCUUUUUCUUCUAUUCAUGUCAAACAGCAAGAGUAAAGGAACUGCCAGACUUUGAUGAAAGCAACAUGAUAUUUUUAAACUAUCAUUACUUAGUAGUACACUAUAUAUAUAAAGUGUUAUAGAAAUAAAGCUUUUUUGAUAA